AUGGCCGGGUCCCGGCGGAUUCAACAAAUGGUCCGUCGGGCCCAGAGGUUUAUGGCCACUUGCCUCGACCGAGCUUAUAGGACUACAUCGCACGCGGCCGCCACGGCCCUGGCAGGGAUCCCUUCGGUAGAGUUCCUUGCUAUGAUGUACGCCGAAAACUAUCGGCGUACUGAGGAGCUCCGCCAGGGGAACAAAAACGGGACAGGACUUGCCAGGGCUACAGCCUUCGCUAGGGAGCAGGCCCGUCAACGCCUCUUCCUCCGCUGGAAGAUGCAGCUGGAGGGGACGACGGGCCGCUCUGGGAAGAGGGUCGCCGACGCCAUCCGGCCCUGCCUACAAAAGUCGGUAGGCAGGGCACACGAAGAUCUCACAUUCCAAACGCCGCAGGUGCUCACCGGCCACGGCUGCUUCGGUGAGUACCUGCAUAGAGUCGUCCGGAAGGAGUGCACCAGCCGCUGCCACCACUGCAGCGCGGCUGAGGACACGGCGCAGCACACGCUGGGCGUAUGCCCGGCGUGGGAUAGACAGCGCCGUGUCCUCACAAGCGUGGUGGGAGCGGACCUCUCGCCCCCGGCCCUUAUCAGGGCCAUAUUAAAGGGAUAA